GGCUUGCCGGGAAGGGGCGGAGUGAGCGGAGCCGGGCGGGCGGCGGACCGACGACCUGACGGGCGGACGGCAGCAGGGGGACAGGAGGGCCCGGCCGGGCGCUCGCUGUGCCGUCGCCAUGACAGGUAGACUUUCAGGACCUGGGAGGAUCCAGAAGUUAGAAAUUCAUAUUUCUGAGGGAAAGACCAGCCAGGAGGAGGUGGCAACAGCAGACAGAGAGCAGACCUACUGCGACCGCCUGGUCCAGGACACGCCUUUCCUGAUGGGCCAUGGACGCCUCAGCGAGCAGCAGGUGGACAGAAUCAUCCUCCAGCUGAACCGCUACUACCCCCAGAUCCUCAGCAACAGCGAUGCAGAGAAGUUCCGGAACCCCAAGGCGUCCCUGCGCAUGCGGCUCUGCGACCUGCUGGGCCACCUGCAGCGGAGUGGCGAGCGGGACUGCCAGGAGUUCUACCGGGCCCUGUACAUCCACGCGCAGCCCCUGCACAGCAGCCUGCCCAGCCGGCUGGCCCCGCAGAACUCAGAUUGCACAGAGCUAGACUCGGGCACCGAGGGCCACGAGCUCAGUGACAGGGGGCCCGUGGCUUUCCUGGCCUGCCUCGGCCUGGCCGCGGGGCUGGCACUCCUCGUCUACUGCUCCCCUGCAGACCCCAAGGUGCUGCCGGGGGCCCGGCGCGUCCUGGGCUUCUCCCCCAUCAUCGUAGACAGGCACGUCAGCCGCUUCCUGCUGGCCUUCCUCACAGAUGACCUGGGGGGGCUCUGAUGGCCCUGCCCCCCGCCGCCCACCAAAGAGCCCCGCCUGCCCGCCUGGGGGGCCGCUGCUUCUUUUCUAAAUGCUUAUUUUUCACUAUUUAUACUUUUUUAAGAAAGUUACCUUCGCCUGACAAAGGUGCUCAACGAUAUUAAAUGUUGGAGUCUCGUCGUUUCCCUU